AUGAAGUUUUUCUGUUUAUUACAUCAGAAUAAAAGGUCGUCUCAAAAAAGGUUCUUGUGUGACACCUUUUAUCAGACCGACACAAUGCAGAAGUUCACCGGUAACAACUCCACUCAAAAGAACUGCUUUGUCAUGAUCCUGCCUCUCCAGCCUGGGUUGUGCGGGUGCCCGCGCGGUUGUGCUGAUAGGGAGGCGCACACCUGCGCCUCAUGCGGGCUAAUUAUUCUGUGUAUUUAUAUGACCCCGACGACGACUGGUCCGUGCCAGUUUGUUGAGCUUCAUGUCCCGUUCGAGUACUCCCGUAUCCCUGAUCGACAACUAGUGUGUACCGACCUUCGCCUGUUUUCCGACCAACCCCUCCUGCAUUUGGGUCCUACUCCCGUUACGAUGGGCCGUGACAGAACGAACUGGCCAAAACAGGACCCAGCAGGAAAGACCCGGCGUCGCCGGGACCGACGCAAGGUAGACCGUCUGCUGGGGGACCAAGCCUGUCGGGUAGGCUCCUUGACGUCCUCCGCUUCCGUGUCUUACGCUCCGCCAGCGAGGUAUGAAUACAUCCCGAACACGACCCAUCCGGCUCCUCAUAUUCUUCUAGACUCUGACUUUUCGGAAUAUGAGGAGGAGCUUGAUUUGUAUGACCGGCUGCCUGAGUACGACUCCGAUGAUUUUGAUUAUGAAUCUCUUUACCUGGUCUUUCAUCCCAGUCAGUUUGUUUCACCUCACAAGUACAACAAUCCGUAUGAAGGAACCCGCUUGGCCAUCUACCCGGGACCUCCGCGUGGCGGCCAGAGGAGACGUCCAGGUCUGGCGGUCCCUUGUGCCUCCCGCGGCGCAGCAACAAAGACUCCUUCCUCGUCCUCCCACUCCUCGCCGGCAACGGUAAAACCGGCAGACCCGCAGCUGGUGGCGAAGCUUCCACCCCCGAGGGAGGAGGAGCCGCCAAAUCACGAGGUGUUCUGCCGCGAAAUGCGGGUGGAGAUAGAAUUAGUGGCUCUCAAGGCCCAAGUCCGGCAAGGAUUGGCGAACCAGCCGAGCUACGCUGACGUUGCAACUGCAACGGACUUGCUGCUGACGCUGGUUCACGUGGCAGUUGGAACUGACCCGCUCCCGAGACACGUCCACAUGUCAGUUUCGACUGACUCUCUGCCUACUCUCGUUCGCGUCACCGUGGAAACAGACCCGCCACCUCGCCAAGCACACACUGCAGUGGGAACGGACUCGCCACCUUGCCAAGUGCACGUCGCAGUGGGAACGGACUCGCCACCUAGCCAAGCGCACGUAGCUGUGGAAACGGAUCCGCUGUGCCAAUCACUAAAUUCAGUAGUUCCGCCCACAGCUAUUGGUAGAUACUGA